AUGAAGGCCCAAUUGCUUGCACUCGGUGCUGUCCUUGCAACACAUCUGGUUGCUGCUGAGACUCCAGAUGUCGAAGCGCAAGGUUUCCCGGGUUUUCCAGAUUUUCCUAAAAUCCCUUUCCCGGGCGACUGGUACAAUAAAUUUCGCCAGCUUACCCCUGAAAAAUUGAUAUGGCAUAUUGGCAUAAAGGAUCUGAUGGCAGGAGCAAAGAAACUCGAAGGCAUCGCUUACGCCACUCCUGAACGAAACCGCGUCUUUGGCACCAAGGCCCAUAAUGAUACUGUUGAUUAUCUCGUCAGAGAGCUUCAGCGGACCCAUUAUUACGACGUCGUCAAACAGAAGCAAAUCCACCUGUGGUCAAUGUCCAACGCUACAUUUAAAGUCAAUGGCAAAGACACAGAAGUUACUCCUAUGACAUAUAGUCCGUCAGGUCAAUCGAAGGCGGACAUCGUCCUGGUGAACAACCUAGGAUGCGUUGCUGAGGAUUUCCCACCAGAAGUGAAUGGCAAAAUCGCUCUGAUCCUCCGUGGCGAUUGCACAUUCGGCCUCAAAUCCGCGCUUGCUGGCUCGGCUAAAGCCGUCGGUGCCCUCAUCUAUAACAAUAUCCCCGGCCCACUUUCAGGAACUCUCGGUUCUCCCUCUGACCCCAAUGGGCCUUACCCUCCCACCGUCGGGGUCUCCAAGGAAAUUGGAGACGGUCUCGCUGCCCGCGCGGGAUCCGAGACGCUGACAGGUGAAUUGUUGGCUCACUCAGAGUUUCAGAACCGCACGACAUUCAACGUUAUUGCGACCUCAAAGGACGGAGAUAAAAAUAACAUCAUCGCGAUUGGAGGCCACACGGAUUCCGUUGAAGCUGGACCCGGCAUCAACGAUGACGGCUCCGGUAUAAUUGGCAACCUCAUCAUCGCGAAGGCCCUCGCAAGAUUCAAAGUCCCCAACGCCGUCCGCUUCCUCUUCUGGACAGCAGAGGAAUACGGCCUCCUCGGCUCACAAUUCUAUGUCGACAACCUGACCCCACAGGAACGCGACAAAAUCCGCCUAUACCUGAACUUCGACAUGACCGCCUCGCCCAACUACGCCAACAUGAUCUACGACGGCGACGGGUCCACCUUCAACGUCACCGGCCCCGCUGGCAGCGCGGAGAUCGAGAAACUCUUCCAGAAAUACUACGAGGAUCGUAAGCAGCCACACAUCCCCACCGAGUUCGACGGACGAUCUGACUACGACGCGUUCAUUUCUGUCGGUAUCCCCAGCGGCGGCAUCUUCACGGGUGCGGAGGGCAUCAAGACCGAGGAACAGGCGAAGAUGUUCGGUGGCACGGCGGGCAUUGCCUAUGACGCCAACUACCAUGGCAAGGGCGAUAAUGUGACGAACAUCAACAAGGACGCGUGGUUGCUGAAUACCAAAGGCGCGGCGUAUGUGCUUGCGACGUAUGCGCGCAGCACGAAAGGAUUGCCGCCCAAGGACCCACCGCCCAAGGACGAGAAUCAGGCUAGAUCGCUCGGGAGGUAUGGGGGCGUGAAGCCAUUCAAUGGCAGUUGCUCUGAAAUAUAG